GGGAUAGAACAUAACUAAAAUACUGCCAGAGAAAGACAGAGGAGAGAGAUAUAUAGAGUAGGAGAGACUCUCUCCGAGAGAGAUAGAGAGAGAGAGAGAGAUGACGAUGGCAAUGUUGAAUUUCUCAACUCAGUCGAUGAAGCCAAGCUUUACAACAAAUCUUGAUGAUAAAUUAUUUUAUCAUCAUUAUUUUAAUAACAACACUUAUAGGAAUACCAUUAAUUAUAAUACAUUUCAUCAUCACCAUUUCUCAGUUUCAGUCUCUAAAUCACCAAGAUUUCGCAGCAGCAAAUCUUCGAUCAUCUCUCAGCUGCAAACCCAUCUCUCGAAAUCAGGCUGUGGAUGUUCAUGGAUUCAGGACAAGUCUAUAGCUGAUGAUACUGAUGCCAAAAUGGGAAGCAGACAGGGUCCAAUAAAUUCUGCUUUCGCAACAUCACCUGCGCAAGUUUCUUCAGUGAAGGAUCUGUUUGAGUUUAUAUGCUCAGGCCCCCUAAUAGAAAAAUUGGGUCUAACACCAGAUAUGGUUGCCGAGUCUAUUGAUAAGUGGCUAGAGUAUGGCUCACGCAUAUCCAAACUGUUUAAACUCAAUGAACUAUCGCUCACAACACCUCAAAAAGCAAGAAUUUUCCACUACUAUAUACCAGUCUUCUUGUGGUGUGAACAGCAAAUUUCUGAUCAUAGGUCCAAAUAUAAAGAUGGCGAUGAUAUCCCUCCUAUAGUGAUUGGAUUUAGUGCACCCCAAGGUUGUGGGAAAACUACACUUGUUUAUGCACUUGAAUACCUUUUUAAAGUCACAAAGAGGAAGGCUGCAACCAUAUCGAUAGAUGAUUUCUACUUGACAGCUAAAAAUCAGGCUAAGCUAAGAGAGAGCAAUCCAGAGAAUUCACUUUUAGAGUUUCGUGGAAAUGCUGGGAGUCAUGAUCUUUCAUUUUCGAUCGAAACAUUGACAGCUCUGACAAAACUGAGUAAAGAAGGUAUGAAGAUGAAACUACCACGGUAUGAUAAGUCGGCAUACAAUGGCAGGGGUGACAGAGCUGAUCCAUCAACAUGGCCGGAAGUUGAAGGGCCUCUAACUGUAAUUUUGUAUGAGGGUUGGAUGCUUGGUUUUAAACCUCAGCCUGUUGAAGUUGUUAAAGCUGUUGAUCCACAGCUGGAAACAGUUAACAAGUACUUGGAGCUAUAUUUUGACGCAUGGUACAAGUUCAUAAAUUCAUGGAUAGUUAUUAAGAUUACAGACCCAAGUUGUGUGUACCAGUGGCGUUUGCAGGCUGAGAUUGCUAUGAGGGAUGAUGGAAAGCCUGGAAUGACCGAUGAAGAGGUUAUGGAUUUUGUUUCCCGGUACUUGCCAGCAUACAAGGCCUAUCUCCCUUCGCUUUACGAAGAAGGUCCAAGUGGGUCAGACCCAGAUCAUUUACUUGUUAUUGAAAUCGAUGAAGGUCGGAAUCCCAUUCUUGCAGGUUAGGCGAUGAGAUAGUUCAGAUAGAAGGUUAAUAAAUCAUGUUUUCUUUUUGUAUGUGCUGUACAAUGAGCUUCAUACUAAAAUUGCUUAACGGUACAUAUGCACUCUUAGAUAGGUUGAUUUGUAGAUAAAUUUUUUACGUAACCUGCAAUUAUUUAUUCUGAAAAAUAUUUUUACUCAUGCA